GAAUAGAACUACAGAAGGAGAUCAAUCCAGCAACUUCGCUUUCGACUCGCCUCCUAUAAAAGAGUACCUCCAUUUUUUCCUCCCUUCAAAGCGCCAGCAUCGAACGAUCGCAGCGAAGGAAAUAAAGCGGACGAAAUCUCCGAUUAUCUCUCAAUCUCGGAUACUUGUUUCCACUCUCGUGAAUCGAUGGAAAUGGAUUUGAGACUCAUGGGUUUCGACAGUCCUCUGCUUUCGACGCUCCAGCACAUGCUCGAUGUCCCUGACGAAGUUGAGAAGUCGCUUAACGCUCCUACACGCAGUUAUGUUCGAGACGCUAAGGCUAUGGCUUCGACUCCGGCGGACGUGAAGGAAUACCCCAACUCCUAUGUCUUCACCAUCGACAUGCCCGGACUUAAGUCCGGUGACAUCAAGGUUCAGGUCGAGGACGAUAAUGUGCUCCUCAUCAGCGGGGAACGCAGGAGGGAAGAGGAGAAAGAAGGAGCCAAGUAUAUCAGGAUGGAGAGGAGGGUCGGAAAGUUCAUGAGGAAGUUCGUGCUCCCGGAUAAUGCCAACACCGACGCCAUUUCUGCUGUCUCUCAGGACGGCGUGCUUACUGUCACUGUUGAAAAGCUGCCUCCGCCGGAGCCUAAGAAGCCUAAGGCCAUUGAGGUCAAGAUCGCCUAAGUGAAGAACAAAGGGAAGGCGAAAGAAGUCGUCGGAAUGUAAUGUUGGCCUAAAGUGUGGGUUUGUUUGAUUUGAAUGCUAUUUUGAUUUUGGUUGUUUUGUUGUUGCUGAACUGGGUUAGGUAUGUUUCAAUUGCCGUCACCGGACUCUGAUCACGACGGUGGCAACUCCUAUCUAUGCGUUGCUCUUUGAAUAUCUAUACCUCCUAUUAUAACAAGAUUUCGUUUUUUUUUUUU